CGACGACAAAACCUCUAUCGCAGGCCAGGUCAUCGACCGCAUGCCCGACUGCCUUCGCGCCCUGAGCGAGGACGAAAUGAAAGCCCUCAACCGCAAGAUCGUGCGCAAGGUCGACCUUGUCGUCCUGCCCACCAUCGGCAUCCUGUACAUUCUCAACUAUAUCGACCGCCAGAACCUCGCUGCCGCAAAGCUGCAAGGCAUCAUGGAAGACCUCAACAUGACGACCCAGCAGUUCGCAACAGCCGUCUCCAUCCUCUUCGUCGGCUAUCUACCCUUCCAGAUCCCCUCCAACCUGCUCAUCACCAAAAUCCCCCGCCCAGGCCUGUACAUCUGCCUGGCCGUCGUCGUCUGGGGCGCCAUCUCCGCCGCCACCGCCGCCGUCAAGAGCUACAAGCAACUGCUCGUCGUCCGCGCCAUCCUCGGCGCCGCAGAAGCCGUCUUCUUCCCCGGUGCAAUCUACUACCUCUCCGCGUGGUACACCAAAGCCGAGCUCGGAAAACGCAUCGCAGGCCUCUACAUCGCACAGCAAAUCGGCAACGCCUUUGGCGGGCUCUUCGCCGCCGCAAUCCUCCAGCUCGACGGCGCCCACGGCAUCGCGGGCUGGCAAUGGCUGUUCAUAAUCGAGGGCUCAGCCACCGUCGGCAUCGGCGCUCUCUGCUCCCUCAUCAUGCCCGAAUUCCCACACAACUCGCGCCUGCUCAGCCCCCUCGAACGCGCCCUCGCCGUCUUCCGCAUCGAAGCCGAAGCCGGCGCCGCAGAGGGCACAGAACACGAGCCCCUUCUCGCAGGGUUCCUCAAGGCCCUCCGCGACCCGAAACUCCUCCUGCUAACCUUUGCAAACAUGCUCUCCCAGACCCAGGGCAGCAUCGCAAACUACUUCCCAACGCUCGUCUCGUCACUCGAUUUCUCCGAAACGGUUUCCCUCCUCUUAACCGCCCCGCCUUAUAUCCUUGCCGGCGCGGUCUACUACGGGAUCAUGUACUACUCCGACGCCCGCAACACCGUCUACCCACUCAUUCUCGCCUGCGUAGGCAUUACAGUCAUCAUGUACAUAAUCCCCAUGACCACACCCAACGUCGGCGCACGGUACUUCGCAAUGAUGAUCCUCCCCUUCGCCUCCGUCGGCCCGCAACUGCUCCUGUUCAAGACGAUAAACCUCCACCUCGCGCGGCCCGUGAGCAAACGCGCGGCGGCAUCCGCACUGGUCAAUGCAGUCGGGGGCACGGCGAAUAUCUGGGCGAGUUAUUUGUAUUUUGCCCCGCCGCGGUUUUUGGCGGCGUUUGGGACGCUGAUGGCGGCUGGUUUGCUGCUGGGGUUGACUGUUACGGUGUAUCGGUGGGUUGUCAGGAGGGAGAAUCGGAGACUGGAUACUGGGGAUUUAAGAGAGGUUGAGAAGGUGAUGAAGGGCGGUGUUACGGGUGAGAUGGUGGCUUUGGGGUGGAGGUAUGAGAUGUAUUAA